AACGGCACGUGUGCAGCUAAAAGCUGUCAAAACUCUUUUCCCCGAUACGGAACGCGCUUCGCCCUUUCGCCGGUAUCGUGUAGCCGAAACUUUUCGGCCGACACGCCGGCACGAACAAUUCUCCCGGCACGCCGUAGAUCGUCACCACAUCCGUCUCCAUUUCAAUAACGCCGACCGAUUUGUCGGCCGUCGUCGAUCUCCGACCUGUCUGUUGUUUAUUGCACUAAUGCCACGUCAUCCAGAUAUAGGAUGGCAACAUGGCACAAUGAUUGGGGGGAAACGUCAUCAUGUACAGUGUAAUUAUUGUCAUAGAAUUAUGAUUGGAGGCAUAACUCGAUUCAAGAAACACUUGGCAAGCAAAAAGGGGGAGAUUAAGGGUUGUGAUGCUGUCCCCAGAGACGUUCGAGAUAUGAUAAGAAAGCAACUAACAAUUCUAAAACCAAAGAAAGGAGCAGAAAAGAAGAGAAAAAGAGCAAUUGUGGGAUGUUCCAUUGUGCCUACUUCAGGAGAUCAUGCUAUUGAUCCAAAUGCAAGUGGUGCAUUUAUCAAUGUAAGGCAUGAUUUGUCGGGCAUUGGUGAUAUGGUCACAACAGCUUCAGAGCCGGGUAUUCAACAAUUGACAGGGACAGCAGAGGGUUUUGAUGCUUUUUCCAUUCCUGCCUUCAAUGAGCAAGGUUCUGCCCCUCAUAGAGCUACUGACGUAGGAUGGGCUCAUGGCACAAUGGUAAAUGGGGAUCGCCAGAAAAUAAUGUGUAGGUACUGUCAGAAAAUAAUUUUGGGAGGUGGAAUUUCUCGCCUCAAACAACAUUUAGCUGGGGAAAGGGGUAAUAUAGCACCAUGUGAGAAAGUUCCAGAUGAUGUCAAGACACAUAUACAGAAACAUCUUGGUUUUAAAGUCCUUGAGAAACUCAAAAAGCAGAAAAUAACCGAGGAUCUAAAAAAUUCUCUUCAAAAAGCUAGAGAAGAAGGAAAUGACGGUAUACUCCAUAAAAUAGCCUCUAGAAGCUCAGAUUAUCAUAAAAAAGCUAAAGCAGUUGAUGAUAAGAUCUCUAAAAAAAGAGGAACUCAAAACACAGCUGUUGGUGAGGUUCCACCACCUGUUCAAACAAAAAUGAGUCUUAAAUUUCCUUUUCAAGAAAACGUAGUACAGGCAGAUAUGUCUGUUGCGAAAUUCUUUUAUAUUGCUGGUAUACCAUUUAGCUCAGUUAAUUCUUUUUACUUCCAAAAAAUGGUUGAUGCAAUAACUGCAAUUGGUCCUGGAUAUAAAGUUCCCUCUUAUCAUUCUUUGCGAGGAAAUUUACUAAAAAAAUGUUUGACCGAAACUGGUGACUUUUGCAAGGAGGUUCGCAAGUCAUGGGAUGAGGCAGGGUGCACAAUCAUGGUUGAUCGUUGGAUUAACAAAGUUGGUCAUGCAAUGAUUAGUUUUUAUGCUUAUUCUCUGAAAGGUACUGUGUUUCUUAGCUCAGUGGAUGCAUCAGGGUAUGAAAAUUCUUCAGAAGGUCUUUCAAAUUUGUUUGACAGCAUCAUACAGGAGGUAGGCCCACGAAAUGUUGUAAAUUUUCUUACUGAUGCAACACCUAGCCAUAGGGCUGCUGCUAGGAUUCUAAUGAACAAGUAUCAGACAUUUUUCUCCUGUAUAUGUGCUAAUCACUGCAUUGAGUUGAUCCUGAAUGCCAUAGCGGAGAUGGAUGAGGUAAAAGACAUAAUGGCUAAGAUGAAGAAGAUCUGUCAAGUUACAUACAAUAAUGUUUGGAUCCUCAACUCAUUGAGAGAGAAAACUGAAGGAAAAGAGGUAUUUCAGAAUGCUGCGACCGAGUUUGUAGCAAAGUUUUCUACUCUGCUCAACAUGGUCGCUCUCAAAGAGCCUCUUCAGCAGGUGUUUGUAAGCACUUCGUGGGAGCAACCUUUUUUAUCUAAACAGAAGUUGGGUUCAGAAGUGAUUGAUAUUUUGUUAGAUCUACAAUUUUGGUCAUCAUGUUCAAGGAUCAUGAAAGUGAUAAAACCCCUACUUGCAGUUCUACACCAAGUAGAUGGUGAAGAAAGACCCAGUAUGGGAUAUUUCUAUGAUUCAGUGGAAAAGGCCAGGAAGGGAAUCAUUUCAGCAUUUGAUGACAAAGAAUCUGAUUAUCAUUCAUACUUAGACGUCAUUGACAAAGUGCGGGAAGAGCUUCAUAGCCCUCUCCAUUUUGCUGCUUAUUAUCUUAAUCCUUCUGUUUAUUAUAAUUCAGGGUUUUUCAUCACUAAUGUUAUUCAUAAGAGUCUACUUGAUUGUAUUGAGACACUGGAGACUAAUUUAUUGUCUCAAGAUAACAUUACUAGACAGAAGUCUUUCUAUGAGGAUGCUGUUGGAGAUUUCAGUAGACCUGUAGCAAUAAGAGGUAGAGAGACGCUAUCUCCAGCCACCUGGUGGUCUCUUUAUGCAUCAGACUACCCCGACCUUCAGCGCUUUGCUAUUAGGAUUUUGAGCCAGACGUGCACAAUAAUGACAUCUCAGAAAAAUUUGUUCAAGAAUGAGUAUAUACAAAUAAAACACACAAACAAAUUGGAAAUUGAGAGAAUGAAGGAUCUUACUUUUGCCCGCUACAACUUGCAUUUUAUGCAAAGGCACUCUGCCACAUCAUCAGGAAGCAAAACCUCUAUGAGAGAUGAAUAUGAUCCAAUGUGCUGCGAUGGACUGCGUUCUGCCGCCGCAGACUGGCUCGAGAAUCCUGGAUCGCUCGAGCUGGAGAACAAUAGCUGGAGAAAUUUAGUUCUGCCCGGUGAUGCGGAUCCGACGAAGAACAACGGCGGUGAUGUAGAUGACAAUAAUCUCAGUGAUGAAGUUGAAAGCAACAAUUCAAGUCAAGAUAGUGAUGACACUGAUGAUUCUGGGUAGUUGGCUCCACCAUGGCUGCUAAUCCUAAGCUUAUGAUAGUAAAAAGAGCAACUUGAUCUGGAACUAGAGAAUGUACAGGAGUUUCUUUUAGCAAUUGGUCUAUUAGACUAGCUCUAUGUUAAUAUGUAGUUAUAGGAAUUAAAACAGUAUAAUAUUAGCUGGUUUUUAUUUUAGAAAUCAGUUAAUUAUGAAUUAGUGUAUUGAUGAUGUGGGAUUUUAUGGGCUUUCCUUUCUUUAAGAUUUGUGCACUAGAGUGUGUUUCUGAUGUAUAAGCAAAAUUUUGAAAAUAAUGGCAAUUAAACGGCCUGUUUGUGCAUUUGAUAUGGUCAGGG